AUGAAGAAUGCUUGCCCUCAGCUCUCUAGCAGGAGGACGUGUCACGGUUGUGGCAAGAAGGGUCAUUUCAUCAAAGAUUGCCUUGCUAGUAGGAGUGUAGUGCCGAGACCUUCAGCACAGUCUCAGCCGCAGCAAUCCAGGGGAGGCGUAAGGCCUCAGGCAGCUGGCCGAGUGUAUGCCAUGACGGGUAGAGAGGCGGUCAGAUCAGGUAACCUCAUCAUUGGAUCAUGUAUGAUUGCUGGUAGGAGUUUAUGCGUUUUGUAUGAUUCUGGAGCUACACAUUCCUUUGUGUCGGAGUCUAAAGUGUUUGAGUUGGGUCUUCCGGUGAAGGAGCUCCAAUUUGACCUGGUAGUAUCCACGCCUGCGUCUAGGUUGGUCAGAACCUCGACAUUAUGUGCUAGGUGUUUGAUCGAGGUUGAGGGACGCAAGUACAAGGUAAAUCUUAUUUGUUUACCUUUAGAGGGACUAGAUGUAAUCUUAGGGAUGGAUUGGCUAUCUGCUAAUCACAUCCUCAUUGAUUGCAACGAGAAGAGGGUGGUGUUUCCUAGCUUGGAAGAUGAAGAUCAGUUGAUAUCCUCACAGCAGGUGGAUCAGGCAAUCAAGGAGGGAUCUCAGUGUUUCCUAAUUAUGACUCAAUUAUCUGUUGAGAAGGGAAGCGGGAAUAUUGAGACACCUGUAGUGAGAGACUUCUCAAACGUAUUCCUUGAGGAUGUACCUGGUUUACCCCCUCCUAGAGAAAUAGAGUUCUUUAUUGAUCUAGUGCUAGGAGUAGGGCCAAUGUCAAUGGCACCCUAUAGGAUGGCUCCAGCUGAGCUAGAAGAACUGAAGAAGCAAAUUGAAGAGCUGCUAGAGAAACAAUUUAUUAGACCAAGCGUGUCACCAUGGGGAGCGCCAGUGUUGCUGGCUAAAAAGAAAGACGACAGUUCUAGACUUUGUGUGGAUUACAGGCAGCUAAAUAAGUUAACCAUAAAAAAUAAGUACCCUCUGCCAAGGAUAAACGACUUGAUGGAUCAAUUGCACGGAGCUAUAGUGUUUUCUAAGAUCAAUCUGAGAUCAGGAUACCAUCAGAUUUGA